ACAAUCGAUAGUGGUUCGAUUUUAUGAAAGCGCUGGCCACACUCAAGGUUUAAAUAAUAUAAAAUAAAUUUUUUUGUUCCGAUAUAAAAAUAUAUGAAAUGUCAAGCAAGUCGAAGGCUGAACAACUCCACAAACAAACACUUCGAGAUAAACAGAAGCGUAUUAAACCUGGUGAAUGCCAAAAAUACGUUCGAAUUGUUUUAGAUGGAAAUUUAACAUCCUUUCCACUAGGCCAGGAUUUAAUUAAACUAUUAAGUGGCAGUGAAUUGAAAUACGUAAUUCGUCAACUGCCUCUCAAAAACUGCAUCGUUUGGGAACGCAAUGUAGGCCAACUAACAUUGGCAACAGCAACAGAACUUGACGAGAAAUGGGAGAUAGAGAAACAUGUCGUAAAAAUUCUGAAGUAUGUUGAAUCCUGUGUAGGAUUGGAGCUAAAGGCGGCCUUUCCAGAUGCACAAUACACUGUGGUUGCAACAAAACCACUUCCAUCCAACACCUUGAUCGACCUUCAACUGCUCCAAAAUUUACAUGUUGAACAACUAGGCCAUCAGGAUCAGGCAAAGGAGUUACAUGAUUUGCUUCAACGUCAAUUCAAAGCUAUAGCCGAAGCACCUUAUAAACACCAAAAAAACGCUAUAUUAAGCAGUUUUAAAAAGUAUUUGGCGAAUGACAAGAAGCAAUGUGUUAAAGUGGAGGGUGGAAAUGGAUUUAAACGCCUAUGGCAGCAACAUUUAAAUCGCCUGCCUUUAGUUACAUUGGAUAUAGCUGAUUCUAUUAUAUCUCAAUACUCUUGUCCAAGAAAAAUGAUUCUUCAUUUCAGAGGGGACAUAACGGCAUGUGAAACUCUGGCUAAUGUAAGGAUCAAACGUGGACAAGGACCGCAACCAAUGCAGACAGAAAAACGUAUUGGAAAUGUCUUAAGUUCGAAAUUGUAUACGCUAUAUAAUGCCAGAGACGAAAAUAGCUUGCUUUAA